GGGACUCAGAGCGCGAGGAGGAAGGUAAGAUGGCGGCCGCCGCCGCGAUGACCAAAGAGACAUUGGCAUGAACAGAAUUCGCAUCCAUGUUUUGCCUUCAAGUCGGGGGCAGCUCACUCCUGUGCCAAGGCUGCAAGAAACCUUGUCCUGUGCCUUUGCUCACCGUCCAUGCUCUCAGCCUCGUUUGGAGGGACUCGAGUUCUGCAUUAAGCACAUCCUUGAAGACAGGAAUGCACCCUUCAAGCAGUGCAGCUAUAUUUCUACUAAGAAUGGGAGGAGGUGCCCAAAUGCAGCUCCCAAGCCUGAGAAGAAAGAUGGUGUGUCAUUCUGUGCUGAACAUGCUCGCAGAAAUGUGUUGGCCUUACAGGCUCAGAUGAAGAAGUCUAAUCCUAGCCCUGUGAGAGAGUCUCUUCUCUGUCAGCUGAGUUCCUAUGCCAAGACGGAGCAGGGUUCACAACCUGCGGAAAAUAACCGUAGUGAAGGCAGCAGAAUAUUGGAUGAAGACAGCUGGAGUGAUGGAGAGCAGGAGCCUCUCACUGUGGAUCAGACAUGGAGAGGUGACCCUGACAGUGAAGCAGAUAGCAUUGAUAGUGACCAAGAGGAUCCCUUAAAACAUGCUGGUGUGUAUACGGCUGAGGAGGUGGCGCUGAUCAUGCGGGAAAAACUGAUCCGGCUACAAUCUCUGUAUAUUGAUCAGUUCAAACGGCUUCAGCACCUCCUGAGAGAGAAGAAGCGCCGGUAUUUGCACAGCCGGAAGGUGGAACAUGAAGCCAUAGGUAGCAGCCUCCUGACAGGCCCAGAGGGCCUCCUGGCUAAAGAACGUGAAAACCUGAAGCGGCUGAAAUAUUUGAGGCGGUAUCGACAGCGCUACGGUGUGGAGGCUCUGCUGCAUCGGCAGCUGAAGGAACGCAGAAUGUUGGCUACAGAGGGUGCUGCCCAGCAGGCACACACUACCCGUUCUAGCCAGAGGUGUUUGGCCUUUGUAGAUGAUGUUCGAUGUUCCAACCAGUCUCUCCCAAUGACAAGACAUUGCCUUAUUCAUAUUUGCCAGGACACCAAUCAACUUCUAUUUAAAUUGUGCCAAGGGUCAGAAGAGGCGCCCUGCAGCAAACCAGUGCCUGUAAACCUUUCCGAAGAUCCCUGCUGCCCGCUCCAUCUGCGGCUGCCACCUCAGAUGUAUGUUCCUGAGCAGGUACUGUGUGUUCCUGAGGAACUGGAAGCUGCUUCCACGGAUCUGUACCUGAGUGCAGCUGAACUCCGCCCCACAGAGAGUUUGCCACUGGAGUUCAGCGAUGAUUUGGAUGUUGUUGGAGAUGGUAUGCAGUGUCCUCCUUCUCCCCUUCUCGCUGAUGCUUCUGCUGCCCUUGAGAACCAACUGACCAAAAAUAUGGCUGAAGCUCCCAUAAAUGUGCGCUCAGAUGAAGACAUAGCUCGACAAGGACUUCCAACACAGGCAGGAAGGGGAGUUUUUCCCAGACAAAUUACAUCUCUUGUGUCAGAACCUCCACAAGAGCUAUCAGUGCAGAAUAUGCAGCAUCUUGUGACAAGUGGAUCAAGGCAGGAGGACAGUAAGAAAGAACCACCUGCAACCAAUGGGAAUUCAGAACCAGCCCCUAUCAACUGAGAGAAGAGAUUAACGUCUCCCUGUCUGAUAAAGCAUCUGCUGUUCUUGAAAUCUUUCUGGCUUCCAAUGUUUUGCCAUCUCUCUAUUAAAUCUUGCCCAGAUUUAAUGUCUGUCUAGAAAACCGUGUGGAAGGCAGCUUUAGCAUGUUUGAGUGACUUCUUUCAGAUCUCAUUCAGUGAAUGCCUUUUGGCUUCUGGUAUAAAUGGAGAGAAAACACAGGAAAUCUUAAUACUGAAUUAAUACAAAAAGCAAAAGCCUCUGCCUUAUUCAUAGUCACAGGCUCUGAUAAGAGGAAAUGGCUUAGAGUAUUUUCCACAGUUGAAAUAUUGGGAGUGUAUUUGAGGUCACAGGCUGAGCCAUGCUAAAAGCAGAGCUCUUUAUUAUCUGUACUGUAUACUAGCCUGUUAAUGUAUAAUGUGCAAUGGCUACACAGCUGGAUUUUCCCCCCUUUCUUUUCCUUUAGCACUGAAGCCUGUAUAAGCAAUUUUCCACCUCUACAUUGUAAUGUGUACAAAUCCCCUAUAGUAUAAAAAUAAAAAUACUGGAUACA